AUGCGUACCCCGGAAAACAUCGCUGCUUUCAUGUAUCAGACGGCCGUAGACAUCUCAACGUGUCGAGUCUCUUGUCGGCUGGCGAGUGGCCUGGCCCCGCCCAACUCUCUGUAUGGCUUGAUGUUGUGGAUGUGCGGAUCGCAGAUGGGCAUGCUCAUUAUCGAGCGGUUCAAUCUACGCCAAUAUGCUCCCACUAUGGAGAAAACCAAGAGGUUUCUGUACCGCAUUCCCUGCAAGGAGAUGCUACAGACAUUCGUGGCACGCUCUGAGAGGCCAAUUGUGUUCGCAAUAUUGCAGUUCUAUUACUUGGAUUGCUAUAUUGGAGGCGAAGUCCUUCACGCACUAGACAAUACUCACCCCGAGUAUGAAAUCGCAGCGUUGAUCCGAAACACGGAGAAGGCGAGUAAGGUCGUCGCAGCUUAUCCUCGAGUCAAGGUGAUCAGUGGCAACCUGGACGAUACUUCUGUCAUCGAGGAAGAAGCCAAGAAGAGUGACAUUGUUAUUCGUGCGUUUGUGCUUUGCUUUACACGUCUUGCUGUGAUUCUGACAAGCAAGUUAGAUGCCGCAAGUAAUAAGCACAUUGCUAGUGUGGAGGCCAUUGCCAGAGCGUUGAAAGACCGACGUGACGGUGCCAGUGUCCUUGGAGGCCCCGAGAUCGACUCCAAUGCCUAUGGCGAGCUAUCAGACAGAGUCUACGAUGACCUCGGCGGAAUCCAAGCCGUCCGCGACUUGAUUCGCAUAUACCCGGACCGCCGUGCUGUCGACAACUUCAUCCUUGGUCUUGCCGGAAGCGGUCCCAGAACGGCAAUAAUAUUCCCGCCGAUUAUCUUCGGCACCGGCAGUGGACCGGUGAACCAGCGGAGCAUUCAAGUUCCUUCAAUAGCUAAAAACGCGCUACAGGAAAAGCAAGCUGUUUAUGUUGGCCAGGGUCUGAGCCGGUGGGGCGCAAUCCAUAUCGCGGACCUUGCACAGCUGUUUGUAAAACUUGUUGAGAAGGCUGUUAACGGUGGAAAUGAUGAUUUCUGGGAUGAAAACGGACUAUACUUUGCCGAGUCUGGGGAAGAGGCUUUCAAAAAUAUAGCUGGCCUUGUCGCUGAGGAAAUCUACAAGCUGGGAUACACCGACAAGCCGUGCUCAGUUCGCUCUAUCACACCGCAGGAGUGCGACAGUUUGUUCUUUGCCCAUGGGGCUGUGGUCCUAGGUACCAAUGCGCGUGGCAGAGCUCUACGUGCUCGGAAGCUGUUGGGAUGGGAGCCAGUCAAGGGGACAUUAGGAGACUAUAUUGCUGAGACUGUUGCUGCUGAAGCCAGGACACUUUAA